AUACUGCUGUUAAAACAUUUGACAAUUUGUUCCAGGAAGGUUUCCGAAAUUCUGUAUUUUUGCCUACGAAGGAACUAUUCAAGUAACGAAAAAUUUUAUUUAGUCAUUCGUGUAGAGGGUGUAUUUAACCAACUCGAUACGUUUCAAUAGAGUGAAAACAUAGAGGAAAAAAAAGAAUACACCGUGUCGAGGGAGUGAGUUUUGUUUUCUUUUUUUACGUUUAGUUGGUUUUCGGAACAAUUGAGCCUAAUCUGAAGUCCAGAAUGGCCGCGGAAAUAAAACCUGCACCGCGAAGUGCUAACGAUCGUUUCAGUACCACCAAGAAGCCGGAACUGCUGAGCAAGCUGGAAGGCUGCAAUGAUGACGUUAAUGCAGCGAUACUUAUCCCCGGAGAGGAAGGUGUUAUCAGUGUUUGUGAUGACAAAACUAUUCGAGUAUGGUUGAGACGCGAUUCGGGACAGUACUGGCCGUCGAUAUGUCAGUAUAUGCCAUCGGGGUGCACCUCGCUCUUUUACACGCCAGAGACAAGGACUUUGUUCAUCGGCCAAGAAAACGGCACUAUAUCACAAUUCGCCCUGUCAGACGAUUGCAACAGGUUGACACCGAUUCGAGAGUAUCUGGCACAUCAGGCACGCAUUACCAGUGUUAUUUUCGCUAAACAUUCCGGCUGGGUACUGUCUGCUGGACGCGACAAGUUCUUUGCUUACCACAGCACCGAAACCGGGGAACGCUUGGGUUGUUUCACAUUCGAAGCGAUAUGCACUGCGAUGCAAUACGAUUCCCUUUCGAAAUACGCCUUUAUAGCUGAUUACAGUGGUCAAAUAACGAUGCUGAAGUUGAGCGCAACAGGCGCAGCGGUGGUCACCACUAUGAAAGGACACGCGGGAUCUGUACGGGCACUGUACUGGGCCGAAGGGCCCCAACUGUUGUUCAGUGGAUCGUACGAUCAGACUGUCAUUGUGUGGGACGUCGGAGGCAAACGUGGAACUACAUAUGAGCUGCAUGGACAUAAUAAUAAAGUUUCCUCGCUGACGUACGCCAGCAACACACAGCAACUCAUAUCGGCCGGCGAGGAUUCGGUUAUCGUGUUCUGGGAGAUGAAUGCUAUGCGAAAGGUGGCUCCCGAGUGGGUUGAGUCGGAUACGUGUCAGUUGUGCACGAGGGCCUUCUUCUGGAAUUUACGAGCGAUGAUCGAUCAGAAACAGAUCGGGAUUCGCCAGCACCAUUGCCGUUACUGUGGUAAAGCGGUCUGUGACAAGUGCUCGACCAAUCGAAUCAAUAUUCCCAUAAUGGGUUUUGAGUUCGAUGUGCGUGUCUGCGAGGGAUGCUUUCAGCGGCUGAAGAGUGAAGAGCGACCAUCACUGGCAACAUUCCACGACGCCAAGCACAGCAUCGUGGCGAUGGAUCUGGACGAAUCGAGGAAAAGACUGUUGACCGUUGGACAGGAUCGUAUCAUCAAAGUAUGGGAUCUUUCCUCGAUCUGGGCCUAAGGUGUAUAUGCUUCAUCCGCGUUAAUGAACACAGCGCGUAUCAAACAGAGAGGAAGAAGCAUAUCUGGGAAUAUGUAACUGGAACUCGAUGCAUAUAUCGAGGGAAUAAUUCACUAGUAAUUGGAUAAAGAGUCAUAAAACCACUGUACUAUUAACACUCACAUUUACGCCGCUCCAAAAUUGUAUAGAGGAAUUAGAAGUGUUUUUUUUUCUACUGAAAUGCGCAGGAUCUACGCGGAUAGCUCUUGCGAGUAGAAGUGAGAAUCAACAGAAAAUUUAUUUUGUAUGAAAUUAGGAGGUAUACCGCUAUAUCGUGAAAAAAAAUUAUUGGAUACAUUUGGAACAAUGUUUUAAGAGACAUUAUAAACGAUUUAACAUCUGGCUAUUCCACUAGAGAUAAACCUUCUGAAAUAAAUAAAUAUUAGGUUAGAAGGUGGGUUCUGUAAUUAUACCAAAAGUAAACUAUAACAAUAAUCUACGAUGAUAGCAUAGCAGGAUAGAGGUAGCAGGACUCUAUCAUCAUUAUUAUUUUUUUGUUUGCUAAUUGUUCGGAUCUUUCUCAAUAGACUGAGAUGGUUCCUAACUUGUAUGGUAAUGAAUGUUAAUUAUUUACAGAAACAAAAGAGUUAAUUGUUAAAACAGGUACAUUGCUUGAUUUUAUUGAAUGCUUGUUGUGAACGUUGUAGGUUUGAAUUGGAUGGUUUCAGCGAUUCAUAAUUUAUGUAUGUCCACAUUUUCAUCAGAUUAUAUAUCCCCCCCCCCCCCUCAAACUGUACAAUAUGCAAUUAUCGGUGCUUUUAAUGUUUUAGAAAGGCGAAGUUACAGAAGGCGGCGUCGUGAAAUUGAUGUUUAUCAAAAAUUGUGAACCAAACAAAAUUGUCGCGUGAAAAAAAAUAGCGAACCGAAAUCGAAUUCAACAGAAAAGAUGUGGUUUAAUGAAAACUACGAAUAUACCGUACUAGACAUGUAGCAACCGAUAGCAUAAUUAAAUAUUGUUAUCAUAAAAGAAGAUAAUAAAUAUAUCAUUAUUUUUUGUUUAUUUAAACAUAA